AGAAGGGGUUGGUCAAUCCAGGGUAUAUAUGCCAUUGAUUUACAGUGGUAUCUUCACAGUUUGCAAUCGAGCUCUUUCACAGUACGAAUCAACAACAACAACCCAACUAAAUCAACAUGUUCAAGCUUUGUGUAUUCUUUGCCGUUUUGGCUAUUGCUUUCGCAGCACCAUCACCAGCACCAGCACCAGCUCCAGCUCCAGCACCAGGUGCAAUUGUAGCACCACUUGCUGCUUAUGCUGCACUUCCAUAUUCAUCAAGUAGCCAGAGCUUUGUCAGAAAUCACAAUGCAUAUGCCGCAGCACCACUUGCCUAUGCACCAGCAUCAUAUGCAUAUGCUGCACCUUAUGCAUACGCUGCUGCUCCAGCUCCAGCAUAUUAUCUUUAAAUGAAUGAAUCAUUAUAAAACAAUCAUUUCUUCAUAUUUAUGCCAGUAUCAUUUCAUUUCAAAAUUUAAAUGAAUACUUUUUUUGAAUAAUAAUUAAUUAUUUGUCAUGAAAAAUAAAAUGUUUCGAUUUCUCAUUAAA